AUGCAUGUACCUCAUGGUAUCAAUCUGUGUUUCGCAACUUCUUCCGUGCCCUUUCAGGUGGAAUCUUUCAUUGAGCUGGGUACUGGAGAAUUGAACCCCCCUGUGACAUCUGAAAAGUUAUCUGCUAUCUCACAAGCUGUUAAUGAUGCUGGAGCAGUUGAAGGUACUGACAUUAAUGGAAAAUUGGUUCAAAAACCUAAGAGGAAAAAACAUAGGCCAAAGGUCAUUAAAGAAGGAAAAUCAGCAACGUUGCAGAAGCCUAAAACUCAAAAGCCUCCCAAGGAAAAUGGGAAUCAGCCUACUGGAAAGAGGAAUUAUGUCAGGAGGAAGGGACUAAGCGCACCAGCUGAACAAAUUCCAUCAGCAGGUGCUGAUACACACACUAGAGCUAAACCAGGAGUAGCCCAAAGAUGUUUGGACUUUGAUGUAAAGGACCAGCAUGGACAUUUGGAUCUGGUAUCACAAACCCAGGAAACGGAGAUACAGACUUGUCCUGGGGACACACAGCCAUCAAUAUCUGGAGUUGAAAAAAGUAAUGUCCAGGUAUCAUGCCAGUGGGGUGGUACAAGAAGUUCUAUUAUUUCAGUUGACCCAAUAGUUGAUAUACAAGGAGUACGGACAGAUUGCGUGCCUAAAAGAGUCAAUUUUGAUCUGAACAAUUCUAUAGCAAGUCAGAUGCCAACCAAUUAUUCUAGUCUAAUGGACAGCUCUGUAAAAUUUUUCCAGUUUGGUUUAAGAGAAAAAGUUCAAACAAAUCAGUUACUGGAUUCUAAUUCUAGUCUGCCAGUUAGAUGUGUCUCUCAUCUCACCAGCUCGGUAGAUCAUAUGCGACGCCCAUCAGCGAAUUUUGACCAAUACAUAAGCACAUCUCAAGAUUGUACAGAAAAAUCACCAAUACAUUAUCAGAUGCUUAGUAAUUAUAGAAUUCCAGAAAAUAUGGCAGCAGCUUCUCAGUAUACCGAAAGGGUGUCAGUGGGGGGCAAUUUCAAUCCUGAAGCUUGUAUAGCCGAAGGCGCAAUAAUCAAACAAAUGGCUCAAUGCUAUAGACUUCCAGAAAUUCCAUUUGUACCUCCCAAGCAUAAUGAAAGGGAUGUGAUGAAUGGAAAUCUGAACGAGUUUUCUGUGGAGAAUGAUUACUUGAAGUUUUCUACCAAUAGUAACUACCAAACUGGAGCAGCUUUUGGUUUUCAUGAUUCUCCAGGCUAUUCAGAUGUUCUUGCAAUGGGUAAAAAAAGAGAACACAAUGCUACCAGUGGUCAUCAGAUUUCUUUUGGCAUCGACUUUAUUAACUCAAAUAGAACAAGGAAGUUCUGUAGUGAUGACCCCCUUUCCACUAGCUCCCAAACAUCUUAUUAUCCUGAAGCAUGCAAAAGGAUGAGACCAGAGGAUCAUAGCAAUCACCUAAACGGAACUACGGGAAAGCUUUCUUCCUCAUCAGCAUUUUCUGAUGGUUCGAACACAAAUAAAGUUUCAGCUAUGAACCCUGGAAUUGGUACCUUGGCUGACAUACAAAGGUUGAUGGCCCUUGAGAAAUCACAAGCUUCCCAGCAAAUGAUUGACUUUGUUACGUCACAGAACAACAUGAUCCAUGAACGUACUGGAUUUUCUCUGCAAAAUAUUACUGACAAAGGAUUUAUUGCUUUACCUAAUAAACAGUUCCGAAGCUUCACUGCACAGAACGUACCAUUGCCUGGCAGUACUGUAAACCAAUUGGGAGAGAGUAAUAUCCUGAGGAAUGGAGUGCAUCAAAUUCAACCUUGGGAAAUUACAUCUAGGCCACAUCACUCUAGUGACAUUUUUGCUUUAUCAAAUAAAUGGUCUGGAUACUUAACAACAGGAAACACACAGUUAUCGAGCGGCACAGUGAAUCCAUCCACAGAAAACUAUAUUCAGAGUAAUGCUAUUCAUCAACAUCAAUGCUUAGAAAACGUUGUGGCUAAGGUGCCAGUCUUGUCUGAAACACACAAUGCUUCCAGUCAAGAGGGCCAUAACCACUGCAUUGCUACUACUGCUGAUGAGCAUAUCAGAACUACAAGUGAUGAAGUUGUUAGAUCCCUUACCCAACGAGCAAGCCAACCAACCACAAAUGGGAACUACAAUCUUAACUCUUCUAGAGUAACUGCAGAAGCAAACAUCACUGCGAAGCCAAGAAAAAGGGGCCGUCCAAGAAAAGUAGUAAACCUCAAUGGUAUUACUUAUGCUUCUGAACCUUCCACUGGAAUUACUCCUAGGAUGUCAACUGUGGAGUCGAAAAGUUCUGACCAAGAUAAGGAGAUUCAUGGAGGUGUCAUUCCUCAAGCUACAGCAGCAUCAGUUGAUCCUUUAGAUGGCAUAAUUCAAAAGAUUAAGCUCUUAAGCAUAAACGGACCAGACAAGGUUGUGGCAGAGGUACCCAAAAAUGCUCUUGUUCCUUAUGAAGGUGAAUUUGGUGCACUGGUUGCAUUUGAGGGGAAGACAAAGAAAAGCUGUUCUCGGGCCAAAGUGAACAUAGAUCCGGUCACCACUAUGAUGUGGAACUUAUUAAUGGGGCCAGAUAUGGGUGAUGGUGCUGAAGGGUUGGACAAGGAUAAAGAGAAGUGGCUUGACGAAGAAAGAAGAGUGUUCAGAGGACGGGUUGAUUCAUUCAUUGCUCGUAUGCAUCUAGUUCAGGGGGACAGGCGUUUCUCUCGAUGGAAAGGAUCAGUCGUGGACUCAGUUGUGGGUGUAUUUCUUACCCAGAAUGUUUCAGAUCAUCUUUCUAGUUCUGCUUUCAUGGGGGUUGCUGCCAAAUUUCCUGCUAAGACAGAGGUCCCUGAAAAACCUGUGGCUGAGGUGUCUCAUACUCCUCCUGAACAGAAGGAUAGUUGUCCUGGACUGUUUGGUGAUUCUAUCAAAUUGCAGGGCAAGAUAUCCAUUGAAGAGAUAAGUGACGUUAGAUCAUUAAUUACUACAGAAGAUAAUGAAGAAAGUAAUAGUAACGAAUUGAUUGGAAGCUCUGCCGGGUAUGGAGUAAACUGUGCAACUGGAGGAUGCCAUGUCUCUUAUAGGAAGUCACUAACUGGAUCCCAUGGAAAUGGGCUAUCAGGAUAUGUUUUUCCAACCACCGGCUUGUCAAGUGUGGUAGAAACUGAAGAUGGAUCAUUGGAGGAUGUUAUUUCUUCUCGAAAUUCUGCUGUUUCUUCCCAGAAUUCCCCAGAUUACCUCUUUCGUAGAAUCGAUCCAAUAGGUUCUAGUUCGUUGCAAAAUUUCACCGAAGAGGGCUGUAUCAUGAGAAAUAUAUCCAACGGGACUGGCAGCUCAACUGACUACACAGCAUUUCUGCCUAUUCAAGAUCCAAAACGCAUGCUUGGAUUAUCAGAAUAUUAUGGACUUAAUCCUCUUCCAGUUUCAGGUGUGAACAAGGGUGUGUUGCUUGAUCUAAACAGAUCAUAUCAGCCAUUGCAUACUUCUAUGCCCUAUGUUCAGAAUAGCGAGUCUUAUUUCACAGGUGUGUCAUGUUUCAGCCAUAUGGAUAAAUCAUUCCACACCGGCCCUGAUAGAGUGAAUCUUUCCAGUGUUACACAAUCUGAGGCUAGUCUUUACCCCACUGAUCCUUUGCAACAAGGCAACUUUUCACCAGUAAUUAAACAAAACUUCCAACCAUUACAUAGUUCAGACAAAGUGCCAUUUUUCAAGGAGCACUCUUCCUGUGGAAAUGAAGCUCCUUUUGUGGAACCACUUGUGUAUUCAAAUCGUCAAGAGGUGUACACUACCUCAACAGAUCAAAUGGGUGCUGAACAAUUUCAAUCAGGAUGUGGCCAACAGGACAAUGAUGCCAGAAUUCAGACAGCAUCACAUGAAAGACAUCAAUCUUCAACCUUGUGUGAAAACCAGAACUCUCAUUCAGAGGUCUUGCAAGGAGUUGCUUCAGGCUCAACACUGAAUUUCAUUGAUACUCAAAAGGGGCCGUCAGAAGCUCAACAAAAUGGAUCAAAAGCUAAGAAGGUACGGGGCCGACCUAAAAGGAAAACUUAUGACUGGGACAGUUUACGAAAAGAAGUGCUUUGUAAUGGUGGGGAUAAACAAAGAAGUCAUGAUGCAAGGGAUACUGUUGAUUGGGAGGCAGUUAGGCAAGCAGAAGUGCGGGAAAUAUCUGAAACUAUCAGAGAGAGAGGAAUGAAUAACGUGCUAGCAGAACGGAUAAAGGAAUUCCUGAACCGAUUGGUGACAGACCAUGGAAGCAUUGAUCUUGAAUGGCUAAGAGAUGUUCAACCGGACAAAGCAAAGGACUUCCUUCUAAGCAUUAGAGGGCUUGGACUCAAAAGUGUUGAGUGCGUUCGCCUCUUGACGCUACAUCAUAUGGCUUUUCCAGUGGACACAAAUGUUGGUCGGAUAUGUGUGAGGCUUGGAUGGGUGCCACUUCAACCACUGCCAGAGUCUCUUCAGUUGCACCUAUUGGAAAUGUAUCCCAUGCUGGAACAAAUACAGAAGUACCUUUGGCCUCGACUAUGCAAGCUAGAUCAACGUACAUUGUAUGAGCUUCACUACCAAAUGAUUACUUUUGGAAAGGUUUUCUGCACAAAAAGUAAGCCUAAUUGCAAUUCAUGUCCAAUGAGAGCUGAAUGUAAGCACUUUGCUAGUGCAUUCGCAAGUGCUAGGCUUGCUCUUCCUGCACCCAAAGAAAAACGUUUGGCUACAUCGGAAGAUCCAAAUGUUGUAGAGUUUUGUCACCAAAUAUACAUAAAUUCAGGGACUGUUGGCCAACUUGAGUGGAGUGCAAAUUAUCCUAAGCAUGCUGUUUCUGAUAACCAUCAGCCAAUCAUUGAGGAACCACUGAGCCCAGAACCUGAACCUGAAAAUGUAGAGGCAAAGGAGGGUGCAAUAGAGGAUUUCUUUUGUGAAGACCCUAAUGAAAUUCCUACCAUUAAUCUUAAUAUUGAGGAGUUUACACAAAACUUGAAGAACUAUAUGCAAGCAAACAAUGUUGAGAUUGAAUAUGCUGACAUGUCAAAGGCAUUGGUUGCCAUCACCCCUGAUGCUGCUUCCAUUCCAACUCCAAAGUUCAAGAAUGUCAGUCGUCUGAGGACAGAACACCAAGUGUAUGACAUUGGCCUUGAUAAAAUUGAAUGUCAUUGA